CCAACUAUUCUUCAACGUUAAAAAUUCUUGACGGUUUAGUUCUGCAACUAUGAUUCUCUUUUAGAUUUUGGUUUUCUUAAUUUCUGACCAAAAACUAAAAGAGAAUAUGUGAGCGUGAGAAAACAAUUUCAAUUUCUGCUUCCAUUUUAUUUGCUGUUUUUUUUUUAGGUUUGAUUUGCUGGGGUUUCAGCAAAUUUUUGUAUCUUUGUAAUAUAUGUUCAUUUAAUUUUUCUUCUUUUAUUUGCCUUCCUUUAUCAAGAUAACUUUUUUUUAAAAAAUCUUUACCAGUCUUUGAAUUAAUGUUCUUUGAUCAUUUGUUGUUAAAGAUUUUAGAAAGAAGUAAAGAUUGGAUUUUUAUGGGAAAGAUCUAAAGAUUUUCUUGAGGGAAUCAAUGAAUUGCAGCACAUGAGCUAAACAAAUACAAUCUUGAUGAAUUGGGUUUGUUAUUUGUGAUGUGGUAAUAAGAUUGAAAAGUGGAAGCUUGUUAGAUUUUCUUGUAUUAAGUGAAUGAAUAUUGACAUUAGAUGAUUUAAACGGAGUAACGUGGUUAGUGAGGAUUCAUAUAGCUGGCCCAACUUAUUUGCGACAGAGGCAUGAGUACUAUGGGGAGGAUAGGUUGCUACAUAGGUAGGGGCGUACGUAGUGUUUCUGGGACCUUAAAUCCAUUUGGUGGUGCUGUGGAUAUCAUUGUGGUGAAGCAGCCAGAUGGGAGUUUGAAAUCAUCUCCUUGGUAUGUUCGAUUUGGGAAGAUUCAGGGGGUUUUGAAGGCUAGGGAAAACGUGGUUAAUGUAAGUGUCAAUGGCGUUGAAGCUGGUUUUCAUAUGAAUUUAGAUAAUAGAGGUCAGGCAUACUUCCUAAGGGAGCGGGGCAUGGAAAAUGGAUAUUCUUUAACUACUCGAACAUCUGAACACCUUGCAACUUUGAAUCUGAAGGAGGGAAAGAAUGUGGUUGUAUUCACGUGCUCGAAACAGCAGGUUGAUGCACGUAUAUAUUUGUGGAGAUGGGACACAAAUAUUGUAAUCUCUGAUGUUGAUGGAACAAUUACUAGAUCUGAUGUUCUGGGACAGUUCAUGCCUUUGGUGGGGAAGGAUUGGUCACAGACAGGUGUUGCGCAUCUCUUAUCGUCUAUCAAGGAGAACGGUUAUCAAUUGCUUUUCUUAAGUGCACGUUCUAUUUCACAGGCCUAUCUGACUAGACAAUUCCUGUUUAAUCUUAUGCAGGAUGGAAAGGGAUUACCAGAAGGACCAGUUUUCACAUCACCUGAUGGGCUUUUUCUUUCUCUAUAUAGAGAAGUGGUUAGAAAAGCUCCCCAGGAAUUCAAAAUUGCUUGCUUACUGGAAAUCAAGGCAUUGUUCCCUGCUGAUAGGAAUCCCUUUUAUGCUGGUUUUGGAAACAGGGACACUGACGAGCUUUGCUACCUCAAGGUUGAAAUACCUGAAGGAAAGAUCUUCACCAUCAAUUCAAAGGGUCAAAUUGUUCUAAAUCGCCACAUAGAUACAAAAUCAUACACCUAUAUACAUGGUCGUGUUAAUGACAUGUUUCCACCUAUUUCCUCGGUGAACAGUUAGCUAUCUUGACGUGGAGCAUCAGAGCAUUUUCACCAUUAUGUUCAUUUUAAUGAUCGUCCGUGUUGUUUGCUCAUAUGUGCAGCUUACGAGGCUGACUAUAUUAGAAUAGUUCCUUGGUCUGCAUAUCGCGUGCAAAGCGGAAACACCUGAAAUUACAGGAUUGGGUUUUACCAACGCGUGUGAGUGGACUCACAAGAUGAACCUUUGUUGUAUUUUACUCUCACUUUUAAUGUAUUUGCAUAAAAAGUUGGUAAAUACAUAUUCUAACUACACAACUUAUUUCUUUGGCUUAACCAAAGCCAGCCUCACUGUAACGGUAUAUAUUGCACAUGGAAGUUACUAGCAUGCAUCAAUAGUUGCUCUGCAUUCAUGUUUUGUGUUGUACACUGUAGGAUAUGUUCCUAUUGCGCGUGAAAUGAAUGGAGAUUGUCCAGUGAUUACCUUGAAA